GAAAGGGCAACAAGUUCAAGGUCGACCCGCCCAAGAUCCGCAUCGAAAAGGUCACCAUAGAGCGCCCUGCGCCACCGAAGCCGAAGCCGAAGCCCGCUGCUCGACCGUCACUCUCCUCCUCUGCGCGAUCAUCCCCCGCCCGCCGGCUCUCCCCCAAGGCUUCCUCAGCAUCGGCGUUGUCAUCAGCGUCGUCUCGAGCAAAGAGCAGCUCGCCGUACCCCUCCUCGGCGGACGAGAGGCGGCUCGACCUGCAGCGCAAACGCAAGGCCCUCAGCGCGUCACAACGCCGAUCACCAGCUAGCGAUCGCAUCGAGUUUGACAAGGACAGCGACGCCGAAGAUGAUGGAUGGAUGGACUUGGAUUCGCACAAGCGCCAGCGCAAGGCCACGAGCGAGAGCAAGUCGGUUGAUUCGAACCGCAAGCUGAAAAGCGAGAAAGCGUUUGAGCGCAAGGAUGAAAGGCUGCAGUUCAUCCAUGCUGUUGACGUCGCCUCGCUCGAGCACAAGUGCGUUCCUAUCAUGGGCGCGUCCAAAGAGGACGUGGCCAUCGAGCUCCAGUAUCCCACUCUGCAGCGCCGGGAAAAGUUCGAGCUCGUAUGGGGCAAGGAUAAGAUCGACGCCGUGGAAGCGAGCAUACGCAUAGUACGCCUGGUUGCGGAGACGUAUCUCACCGACGCCGAAGCAGAGCCCUUCACCAACCAGAACAACGGAUUCAUCCGACGACUCGAAAAGGCCUCGAAUCGCAACAUCCAGGAUCUCAUGGGCUUCAAGGCCGCACUACGCGAGUACAACGAAACGCUCCUCGCCUUGGUCGAGGACGGCGUCGUCUCCAAGAAUCUGGAUAACCUGCAUGAAUUGCCGCCGCACCUCGCUGCCUUCAUCCUCGACCAAGUCUAUGAUCGUACAGUGGCUCCCAAGGUGGAAUUACUCUCAAAGUACGAAAAUGGAACAGACUAUGUCUAUGGCGAGCUUCUCCAUCCCUUCAUUACAAAGCUCCUUGUUGAGCAGACCAAGAUGACGUCCGACCAGGUGUUUGUCGAUCUGGGGUCGGGCGUAGGUAACGUCGUCCUGCAGGCGGCUCUUGAAAUCGGCUGCGAGAGCUGGGGCUGCGAGAUGAUGGAGAACGCCUGCAACCUGGCGGAGGCUCAAGAGAAGGAGUUCCACGCCCGGUGCUUGCUUUGGGGUCUGGAACCCGGCGAGGUGCACCUUGAACGGGGCGACUUCCGCAAGAACUCUUCGAUUCACGACGCUCUGAAGCGGGCUGAUGUUGUGCUUGUCAACAACAAGGCCUUUACUUCGCAGCUCAACGACGACUUGAUUCGCAUGUUCCUUGACCUCAAGUCGGGAUGCAAGAUCAUCUCGCUCAAAUCCUUUGUGGCCGACUCCAAGAGCAGCCACAACAUCAACGACGUCGGAAGCACCAUCCUCGAGGUCGAGGAAUGCACGUACCCCGAAGGCUACGUCAGCUGGACCAACGCCGGCGGGCAGUACUAUAUCUCCACGCGGAAAUAGACUAAUUAGAGCUUCAUCAGCACUGCAUAAACA